AUAAAAGAAAAGAAUUGGUCAGCAUUUUGUGAUCUGACAAUAGCAGACAGUAAUGAGAUGCAUGCUGUUUGUCAAGACUCCUUCCCACCAUGCAUAUACAUGUCAGACACCUCUCAUGCAGUGGCAAGUCUUGUGCACCAGUACAAUGAAAUUCAAAUCUCCAAAGGCAAUCUUAACAAUAAGGUUUGCUACACAUUCGAUGCAGGUCCGAAUGCAUGUUUGUUUGUCCCUGGAGCUGUUGCCAAUGAAAUGCUCUCUCUCCUACUUCGUACUUUCCCUCCAAGCUCCCCUCAGAAUGCUGAUAGCUUCAUUCGAGGGAUGAAGCCACAGACAUUGACGCUAUCAAAGGAACUGGAAUCCAUAGCUGAUGAGAAUGCCCAGAGUGGACGCUUGAAAUACCUCAUCCACACCAAAGUGGGUGAGGGCCCUAGAGUACUCACUGAAGACGGAGCCCACUUGCUAGACCCUGUGUCCGGACUGCCAACUGAAUCUGGUGGCAUGGCAUAGGGACUGACCACUGGAGAUAUUUCUGUAGCCAUGACUGGUACCUUCUACCACUGUGCCUGCCUGGAGUUGGCCUUUUAUCAGAAUGGUCAUCUUUAAUUAUUCACAUAUUAAAGUGAUUUGUAGACAAACAUGU